CGAGCUGCUGAGCUCCUGGAGGUAGAAGAAGAUGUCAACACCGGCGGUGCUGUCCAGCCACAGGCGAGCAGUCUUCGCAGCAAGGUUCCUCAGGCCGCCAGGCAAGUUCGCAAGGUGAGCCAUAGAUAGCAUCACCCCCCGUACCACUCCACUCCACUAACAGCUACUGCAGAGCCCUGACGCUUACCGCCAAUCUGUCUGUGUUAAUGUCAGGGCUCGUCUGCGCGAGAAGCCCCGCCUCCGCACGGGCCCUUUCGAGAAUCCCGUGCGCCGCUUCGUCCGUCUGCGCGAGAAGGCCCGCGCCUUCUGCGAGAUUCCACCGCCCAGACGGGUGCCCAUCCCCAAGCCCAUCAACCCCCUGCAGAAGCUCCUCAAGCCCAUCGAGGGCGUGCCCACUGUCAGGCCAGAGGUGCUGCAACGGCGGCUGGACCACUUGUUGUCCCAGCGGGCGAUCGACCAGCAGCUGACGGCGCCGCUGCGGCCGGGGACCGACCCGUAUUCGACGGAGAUGUACUGCUGGGACAGGCAGGUAAGUUGACAGACGGACAGAGGGGGGGCGAGGAGAGGAGAGGGGCCUCCAUUAUUUUAAUAUAUUGUUGGUUGGUGGUAUUUCGUUUCAUGUCUGCAGAUGCGUGAUUUGCGCAAGAUCUACCGCGCUCAGUACCUCCAGAAGCUGGCAGGUCAGUGAACGAACGGGUGUGAGAGUGCACAUCACAUCUGUUUGCAUCUCGGGUCGCGUUCGUUCGUGCAGAGGUGACUGAGGAGGAGAGGGCCAAGCAGCUCAAACUGUUCCAGGCCGAGAGGAAAGGUAGGAGGCCGAAGAAUGUGCUGCAGGUGUCAUGUCAGCAGACAGCUACCAUUUCUGUGCUGUGCUGUGCUGUGCUGUGUUGCGUUGUGUUCAGAGCGGCGUGCCCGUCGCGAGGCCUUCAGGCAGCAGCUGUUCGAGAAGAGGAAGAAGAAAGCGGUGCGCAGGAUUCACCGGCACACAACCGCGGCUCUAUAUGCGGUGUCAUGUCUGUCUGUCUGUCUGUCUGUCUGUCUGUCGGUGUGUGUGGUGUGCAGAUACUGAAAGAUCGCCUGCGCAUCGAGGCCAAAGGUGACUGGCCGAACAGCACACCACAUCACACCAAAACAUCCACCCGCCCGCGCCACAGUGUGUGUGCGUGUCGUCAUCAGUGACUGAGGCUAUAGAGCUGACCCGCCAGAGCCGCGUCAAGCAGAAGCACCUCUGGUGGCUCGACUCGCUCCAAAAGACAGCCGACUUUGUGACCGACAGUGAGACGGCCGAAGAGAAGAUCACCCGACGCAAAGACUGGCCAGACAGAAACGUAUCUGCACCAGACAUCCUGCGGCAGCUCGGUGAGUGGGCAUCAUUCACCCACCGCCCCCCUCCCAAAGACACUUGAGUACUUGAGACAUAUUUUCUUCUUCCAUAUCUUCUCGGUCUGUCAGGUGAGAGUGACGAGGUGGUCAAGUCGCCCAAGAAGGCCAUCAGGGCGGACAACGUGUUUCGUGAGCUGCUGGAGGAGUCGUUUGCCAUCCUGCCAGAAGACGAGCCGCAGUACGAGCCGGAGCCGCCGCCGGAGGGGCGACUCACACACAGGCAGCGGGCACACGUCAUGUACGGCGGAUUCUCAGGUAGUAUAGAUGAUGCGGUGCGGUAUGAACACACAUACACACAUAGGCAGGCAGGGGGGAUGAAUGGUUGUGGCUGUGUGUGUGUGUGUGCAUGGCUUGGACAGAGGCUGAGAAGCUGAAGCUGCUUGAUGACAAGAUCGACCUCCUCAAACACAAACUGGCCGUCGACGCAGACCUCAAAGGCAAAACAUUGCACAUCACACCACACCACACCACACCACAUCACACACAGCACGUUGGCACACGCGAUACCCAUGUGUGUGUGUGUGUGUGUGUGCAGGUGCGUCCCAUUCCCUGUUGUAUCAGCAGCUGCUGGACCAGCUCGAGGCGACCAAGCAGGCCUACCUCGAGAAACAGCACUCACAAGAAGCCAGGGACAGGGCCGCUGCCGCCAGAGGUGUGGUGUGUUUGCAGGCAGGCAGGCAGGACACACACCCAGCUCACUGUGAUGAUAUGAUUUGUGAACAGGCUCUGUUGAUGGGGAAGACACUGGUGAUGCCAAGGGCUGAUCUGAUGGAGCUGAUGGAGCUGACUCAAGCUCGUGUGUGUGCGUCUUGGCGAGGGAUUUGUACAGGCAGACACAUCACAUGUGCGCGAUUCGUUCGUAGGAGACAGACAGACAGACCAGAGACCGACAGAUGCGUAAACGUUUGUACGUAUUCUACAUGAUCGAUCAGAAAAAUGUCAGUCAGUUAGUCAGGAAGGAUGAGAGUCGUGACUGCUAAACAAAGUGUUGGCACGCACCGCACGGCCAACAUAACUAACAUGCAUUCGUUGAUUGAUUGAUUCGGUCCAUGGAAAGUGAACGUUCUAAUUGCGCGCAUCAUGAUGAAAUGAAUGCCCUCCUUCCUGCCUGC